AUGUCACUGGAGAGCUCUUGUCUGGGGAUAGGCUGCUCCCUUAACGCCGUGGCAGGGAGGAAAGAAACCAGAAAAGCAGCCCCCAAUGUGUCCAUCCUGGAUCUGACAUGCCGCCUGCAGAAACCUGCCAAGUAUGACGACAUCAAGAAGGUGGUGAAGCAGGCGUCGGAGGGCCCACUAAAGGGCAUCCUGGGCUACACUGAGGACCAGGUUGUUUCCUGCGACUUUAACAGUGACCCCCACUCUUCCAACUUCGAUGCUGGGGCUGGCAUUGCUCUCAAUGACAACUUUGUGAAGCUCAUUUCCUGGUAUGACAAUGAAUUUGGCGACAGCAACAGGGUGGUGGACCUCAUGGCCUCCAUGGCCUCCAAGGAGUAAGAAGCCCGCCCUGGACCACCCACCCCAGCAAGGACAGCAAGAGAGACCCUCGGCUGCUGAGCAGUUACUGCCCCAUCUCAGCCCCCAAUACUGAGCAUCUCCCUCACAGUUUCCAUCCCAGACCCCCAGAACAACAGGAGGGGCUUAGGGAGCCCUACUCUCUUGAACACCAUCAAUAAAAUUCACUGCACCCAAAAA